AUGCGCGUGGCUCGAUCGACCAAAGUUCUCGCACUCUUGCAGGCCUGUCAUGCCAUUGCCGGGCAAACGGCCGCGAAUACUAGCAACCCUAGCUUGACAUUCAAGGUCGCAUCCGGCGGCAACGAUAACUACUUCCUCAGGGACAACGUGACGAGUGCACAGCUGCUCUUGACUAGCGAGAACAGCACAAGUGCAGAGAGGAGGCUUGUUGUGGCAUUACCGGCGGGCAACUCCGGGGCUUUGGUGUACUUCUCGCCUUCCGAUGCUGAGACUACUGGCAAAAACUCGACCGCUGCGCUUGGCGUCAGCCUGGUGGAUGGUUCCUUCAAGAGUGCGACCACCGACUACUCCAAUGUCGGGGUCCGGGCUGACCUCGCAUUCGAUGCCAACGCUACGCUUGGUGUUACGAUCAUUGGCGCUGUCCGCGCCAUGCGAGACUACGUGGAGGGUGGUGGUGUCAUGCACGAGAUAUUCAACUACACCCUCGCGGAGUACAACGACACUUCCGUUCGUCUCCACCGCCAAUGGAUCAACACGACCUCGCCCACGUCCUCGGACUACAAAAGCGCGGAUCUGUACCUGACUGCUCCGGCGGGGAGCUCGGCUCAGUUGUCGGUAACUCCUGGCAACACGUGGACACCACCCACUGUGAAUAUCAUCGUCCCGUCUACGAGUGAGGGGCAGAACACGACGAGCAUUCUGCGGGUGACCAUGGUAACGAACGAGACGAGCCUGACAGGGCUCGAUGUCCAGGCGUUUUUCUUACCUCAGAACGGGACGAACGCGACGCAAGCGUUGGAGACGGCUCUGCAGGGGCUGGCAGAUGGAACGAAUGCGGCGGCUCAGCAAGUCUCCUUCCUGACGUACGCCGACAAGUUCACUGCCGGAGGAUGGCGCUUCCUCACAUACUUCGGGCGCGACUCGAUGAUCGCACUCCGACUACUCAUGCCCACGCUCACCUCCGAAGCUAUUGAGUCUGCUCUCGGUGCUGUUAUCGAGCGAGCGAAUAGUACAGGUGCGCUAUGUCACGAGGAGACGAUCGGUGACUAUGCUUCCUUCGUAAACAUAGGGAAUGGUCACCCGGAAGUGGGCAACCAGCCGUUCUACGACUACAAGAUGGUUGACACAGACCUCUUGCUCCUCCCUGCUAUCAGCCACUACUUCCUAGAACUUCCCGCAGGCCAGCGCAGGGCGGCCCAGUUCUUCAGCAAGAAUGCGUCGCUGCAAACCGGCACGUACGCAGAUAUUCUUAACAGAACCAUCCAUUACAACCUCCAACGUGCAACGCCGUUCUCGCAAUCUCCCAACGUCUCCAACCUCAUCGGUCUCCGCCCAGGUCAGCCUGUCGGGAAUUGGCGCGAUAGCAAUGAAGGCCUCGGUUACGGCUUCUAUCCGUUCGACGUGAACACGGCACUCGUCCCGGCAUCCUUGCGCGCGACGCAAAAACUCAUUGAGGGGGGUAUUCUGGACUUCGCCGCCUUGAAUGCAAGCCACGUCGCGAAUGUCGCGAGCGUUUGGGAGGCGCACGCGCCAGCGCUGUUCGACGUCACCGUGAACGGCAAGGAGGCAGAGGCGCGGCUGGAGAGCUUCGUUGAGGCUGCCAACUUGAGCAUUACCCUUCUGGACUCCACUGCGCGCCAGCCAACAAGCAAGCUCUCGUUCUACGCGCUCUCGCUGAAGGAGGACGGGACCCCUGUGGAAGUCUUGAACUCAGACACGGGGUUCAACUUGGUAUAUGGCGAGAACGUGUCGCGGGAUUUCUUGCGGCAUGUUGCUGAUGCACUACAACCAUAUCCUCGAGGACUAUUGACGGAUGUCGGCAUGGUCGUGGCCAAUCCGGCUUACGACUCUAAUAAGACCAUGAUUGAUGUCCUAAACCGCGCCGCAUACCACGGGACUGUCGUGUGGUCGUUCCAGCAAGGCCUCAUGGCUAGUGGCCUCGCCCGGCAACUCGGCUUCUGCUCUCUGGAUAACACGACAAGUGUUGACACGAAUCCCGUGCCUUCUCCGAUCCCUGAAUGGUGCUCGGACGCUCAGUUCGUGCGUACACUACGUGACGCACAGGCGCGUCUCUGGACCUCCAUUCAAGGCGCCAAGGAUGAGAUCUACGCGGAGGUUUGGUCGUACGCGUUCGACAACACCACCAAUACGUUCAGCGUAGCCGACCUCGCAAGCCUAUCGCCAUCCGGGACGGAGUCCGAUGCAAUACAACUCUGGUCCUAUGGGUUCCUGGGACUGCACGAUCCUAACGGGGGCAACACGACAUCCUUAUAA